UUGCGGCUUGACGCGGGGAAUCGCUCCUCGGUCACGUCCCGCACCGCCAGCCCCCCCCCCCCCGACCCCCCACCAGUCUGGGGCCCAGACCGACCGCGGCGUUCCCGGGAGGAGGCCGUCUUAUCCCGCCCCGCGUCCGCGUCCGAAGACAGAGUCCGCACCGACGCUGUCCCAGGAUGAACGAGACAGAGGACAGCUGAGCUUCACCCGGGCUUUUCAUUUUUUAAACAUUUUUAUUUUCACUCUUUUUAAAAAAAAAAAAUACCCUCUUUGGGAUGUUUGCAGACAGACAGGGAGGGGAGUGAGAAGGAGGGUUGAGAGACAGGGCAAACACUUCUGCUUGUUUGCUUUUCUGAGGGGUUUUACUGUAUGGUAUUACCUCAGCUUUCCAAAGCAGAAAAACUGUGAUACCCCUCUAAAAAAAAAAGAAAUCAUGUCAGAGAGCAUCGUCAGGAAGAUCCAGCCUUUUACCAUCGGGACCAAGCUGUCGGUCCCCAACGUACCCAAAUGCCCGGAUUUCGAGGACGCCUUUUUACCCACGGAGAGCCUGGACAGCUGCAAACUUCAGAACAGCCUGAACGACCAGGUGGGCCUCUACCUGGGCCAGUCCCAAAUGCAGACCGACAGCCCCCAGCUCUCCCCCACAGGCGAACCCGCGACCACCAGCAAGGGCCAGACAGACGACCCCACCAAGGAGGACAACCUCAACCGGAAUGGGGUCUCUCCUACGUCUUCCUCUCGGUCCAUAAAGAAGAUAACAAUUUCGGCGAGCCUGGAGAGUCCAGGGGACACCCCAGACCUAGGGGGGGACUGUCUGGUCUCCGUGGUUACCUCAAAACCAGAGAGCAUCAACAUCAAUAACAACAACAACAACAACAAUAACAACACGGUCGAUGCCAAGCCUGUUCCCAGGAUUGUUGGAGUUAGCUGUGAGAACACUCCCAACUCCCACCUUAAGGUUUUGCUCAGAAAAGACAUCACUGCAGAGGACAAAAGAAAGGACAUAGAAGAAGGACCAGAAUUAAAAAAUUUUGGGGACACGACCACUUCCAUUUGUGAGACGUCUCCGCCCAGAGUCCCGUCGCCGAUAAAAGACCUGCUGUCGAAAGAGCGCCCGCCCUGUGGAACCUCGGAGGCCCCGCCCAGCUCACGGCCCAUCCCCGCCAACACCGACUGCAGCUACACCCAAUGCAACACCCUCUUCAACAGGGAGGUCCAGCAGGCCGAAGCCUGGAUCAAAGGUAAACUGCAGGACCUGAAAGACGGCUGGGACGUCCAGCGCUCCCCCCUCCAGGACUGGGGGGAGGUCUCGCAGACCCUCCAGAGAGAUCUGAAGGAUUUCGAGAACACCCUCAUACAGCUUAACCAGAUGGGGGAGCAACUUGUCUGUGCGCAGAACCCGAACUCGGACCUGGUGAAAAAGCAGCUCAGUCGGCUCGAAGACCAGUGGCAUGCCCUCAAGCAGAUGGCGGCCAAUCAGUCGAAGGCACUAGGCGGAGCCAGGAAUCUGCAGCAGUUCAACAGGAAAGCUGAUAGGCUGGAGACCUGGAUAAAGGAGAAGCAGGAAGAGGAGCGGUCGCUGGCGGGGGUUCUCGGGGAGAACGUCGACAAAAUUCAGCUGACACGGAGAAUCCUGGAUCUGAAAGAGGACGAGCAGCAGUACCAGACCCUCCAUGAAGAAAUCAACCACCUGGCACUGAAGCUGGAGAAGCAGGGAAAGAUGGAAGGAAAGAACAUCUCCGUCAGAAGGAAGCACAUCAACAAAAUGUGGCUGAAGGUCCAGUCACUUUUGAAGGACUACCAUGAAAACCUCCAGCUAGCUCUAGAAGUUUCCUCCUUCUACCAGCAAGCAGACAACCUCAUCUCUGCUAUCAACCACAAGAAGAAAAGUGCUCCCUGGACACAUGAACAAGAGAACUGUGGAGACAGAGAAAUCAGGGAGAUAGCCAGCCAGAUCGCGAUGCUGGAUGUGACUGCUUCCCAGUUGUCGAACCUCCACCCAACCCUGGCAUGCCGAGUCAGUUUGAAGCAGUGUGAGGUGAAGGACACCUGGGCAACCAUUCAGAGGGCUGACAGGAAUGAGAGGUCGGGGCUACUCUCCGCAGACCCCGAUUUCACGAGAGAAGAUGCCGACCCCAAGACCCCCUCCUGGGACGCGCCCUUCACCCUGGACAAGGAAACGCACAGGAUCAUGGGAAAGGAAGUUAAGGAAGAACAAAAUCGACUGAAGGGAUGCACGAGCGUGAGAGAUCCUGGGAUUCUGACCAACUGCCAAGACGAAGAACAGCCGUUAAAGAGCAGUGCGCCAGUCAAGGAAAACUGCGCUGGCAUUGCAGAUGAUGAUGUCAUCGAGAGACAUCAGUCGGAGGGGAAGAGCAGCGAGGAGAGGGCGAUCAAACCCGAGGCCGGUGUCUCAGGAGGCGACGCAACGUUCUGCGUGCAGCUACAGGAGUCUGCCGCGUCCGCGGAGAAGACACUCCUGUGGCUGAAGGACAGCGUUGCCAUGACGACACAGGUCCGGCCCACUCCAGGGCUGGAGGGGUCUAGAUUGUUGUCCCAGGAAGAGAUCCUGUCCUGCAGACCCAAGGCCAAAAGGGAGGGGAAAAGCUCGCUGUGUCCAGAGAACGUGAGGGUCGAUGACUUCCUGUAUCAGCUGGAGCACCUGUGGGAGGAGUUACAGAGGAGGCAUCAGCCAACGGGGGCGGAGCUUCAGCACUCCAGGAAACUGAACCAAAAGGGUACGGGGGCCCUGAUGGAACUGCGCCCCCUGGAGGCCUGGCUCCAGAUGGCGGGGGCGUCCCAUCGGCAGUCUCCGCCAGGGGGGGUGCCUGAAACCUUGUGCCAGCCGGAGGGGGGUGUGUCGCCACCGGACCUGGAGCUGGACGUCCCGCGACAGGAGGGGGUGGCGUUGCAGGAGGGGCAGCACCUCCAGGAAGAGGUGGAGGAGAAGUAUCGCAGAGGAGUGCAGAGGGGGCGUGGUCAGGAGCUGCAGCAUCCAACCAGACUGACUGGGAUCCUGGGGGCUUCGGUGCUGGACGAGGGCCCAGGACAGUCUCUCCCCAGCGAGAUGGCCCUCGAUGAUUGCCUGCGGAAUGUUCCGGAGGUCAGGGGUGAGGUUGUUCCCAUGGGGAUCGGGGAGCCCCUGGAGGAGCUGAGGGUGGCGGUGGAGAUUCUGAAAGACACGGCGUUCGAGAGGGUGAUCCAGCCAAUCAGAGAGCUGCUCAGCCAGUGCUCGUCGCUGAUGAUGCGUAUAAACCACGCCCUCUCUCUUGGCGCUGAGCUCUCCAUGGACAUCAUGGACGCUGAGACUGACAUGGCGGUUAAAUGUGAACCGGACCGCAGCGGCCUGCAGGGCCUGCAGGAGCAGCAGGACCAGAUGGAGGUAGAGUACGAGGCCCUGAAGGACGAGGUGGCAGAGAUGGAGAAGCAGGGGCCUCGCCUGGAGGCCCUCUGCCCAGAGAAGUGGCCGAUCCUGGGGGAGGAGGUCCAGGCCACCCUGCAGGCCUGGGAGGAACUAGGCCGGAGCAUGGCGGAGAACCGAGGCCGUCUGCAGCAGUUUGGACGCCUUCAGGACUUCUUCAGGGACUAUCUGGCCAUGAUUUCCUGGACAGAGGACACCCGGGCCUGCAUCUUCUCUGAGAGCGCAAGGCAUCGUGGGAAAGGUAACGAGGUACCGGUGACCUCCGAACUGGACCUAAAAAUCGAGAGGAAGUUUGAGGAGUUUGACGAACUGGCCGCGGCAGGACAGAAGCUGAUGGAGGAGGAGCACCACUUAGCGGAAUUGAUCAAGGAGAGGACGGAGGAGCUGCAAAGCAUGCUGGGAUGGAUCCUGGUGCACUGGAGGGCUCAGAAACACCAGCGGAGCCGUGGAAAGAGGAAAGAGGGCGACGUCGUCUGCUCAGAGGCUACAGUUCCCACGGCAACGGGGCAGAAGAGCGGAUCUCCACACUGCCAGCGACCGUCACAACAACGGUCAGCGUCUGAAGGCGGGUCUCGGUCGCCUGGCAGUCAGCUGACCUCAAAGCCUGGUUGUCAUGACGACCGGCAGGACGGGCAGCCAUCGGAAGAGGGUGAUGGUGGGGCGGGGAUUGGCGGCUCUGGGCGGAAAGACAGCGACUCAGGGUCAGCCAAGGGACCCCCGGAAUCGAGGGAGCCCCCCUUCUUGGUCCUGAAGGAGCCCGGCGCCCCGUCUCUGGGGGGGACAGUGAACCUCAUCCUCAGUUUCGGAAAAGUGGGGGACAGCCUUCUACAGGUGCAGAAGCCAGAGGAGGACGCUGAGGUCCCCGAACCCGUGCACAGGGUGAGCACAUACUUGCACGUUAAGGACAAUCACAAAACCGUGGCGCCUGUGGAUGAGGUCGGUUCUCCACCCCACCUUGACAGCAAGACUCAGGAACCCGCCCAAACCUCCAUCUCCUCUCCUUCCUCCUCCUCCUCUAUCUCCGUUUCCCCAACGCAAGUUAGCAGCGUCGCCUUCCAUACCCUGCCCAAGAGGGGCUCCGCCUCCAACUCCGCCCUCAAUCCUGCCCCCUCCUCCACUGUUAGCUCCGCCCCCUCCUCUACCAUCAGCUCCGCCUCCUGCUCCACCACCAGCACUGGCGCCUCCUCUUACAAAAUCUCCGCCCCCUGCUCCACCAUAAGCUCCAACCCCUGCUCUGCCAUCAGCUUCGUCCCCUCCUCUACCAUAAGCUCCGCCCCCUGCUCCACCAUAAGCUCCUCCCCCUGCUCUGCCAUCAGCUCCGCCCCCUGCUUCACUUUCAACUCCGCCCCCUGCUGCACCUCCAGCAGUCAGAAGGGCCGGAGCAAAAACAGGAAGAGGGUCGUGGCCCAGAGGGUCAUGGCAGUAGCGCGGCAGGAAGUUCAGUCCCCCUCCCGCGAUCCCGUCACCCAGGGCACCAGCACCUGGCCCCUAAAGGAGAGGAAGAAGAGGUGCACCUCGUCGACCCAAUUGACCACCGCGGAGCCCCUAGACCUCGCUAAAAGACCACUGGUGGAGACUGUGAGUGCGCAAUGUGUCAGCCAAUCAAAAUUCACCCCUUCCGUGUUGCCAGGCAGCUUAGCUUCAAGCAGAGGGGCUUCAGCCAGUCAGGUAAAGAACCACUGCAGGCACCUGUCUCUGGGAUCGGUGCUGAGUUUUGACCUGCCCAAAGACCUGAGCCUUAUCCCUAGCAUCCAUGAUGUCAUCACCAUCAGUCCUCCCGGAUCAGCAGGGGCUGACCUCCCUAGUCCGAUUAGCCCAUGUUCACCAGCCGACCCACAACCAGCCACAAUCUCCUCCAAUCAAAUGCGCUCACCACUGAAAGGUGGAGAUAUAAUCAAACUCAGCCCCCAAGGACAAACCACUGUCCAAUCAGACUGCGUCGCAUCACACAGGAUCAACCUGCAGGCAACUUUAGUUUCAGCCAAUAGGCAGGACCCCUCUCUGAACCCCAAACAGACCCUACCAAGCGAUGACCUAUCAGACCCUCAGAUGAAAGGUCAUUCAGAUAUCCGCAGUCUGAAUGAGGACACUAGCCAGAAGUGGGACCAGCGGGAAGCCACUGCGCCUAACUCAAGACUUCACGAAGGUAACAGUCAAAAGGCCGGCCCACCAAAAGAGGACAGCUGCAAAACCUUCACCUGUUCCCAUGGCACCACCUCCCUGUCAGUCGCACACGUGUGCCCGAGCGUUCACACUAAAAUACAGGACCUUGCCGGGCACAUAUACCACCCUCCUAUGAGGAGGCAGAAUGCUCACAUAGGAGACCGACCAGCCAAUCAGAGCGCAGUCUCUCACUCUGUCGUGGCGCCUGCAAGCUGUGUGAUUGGUCAGCAGCGUUCUGAGGGCAAGGCCGCUUUUGGGUCCGGACACGCAAGGCUCAGUGGCACAGAAGGAGGUGAAACUGCACCCCCGGACGCACCCCUGCCCAGGAGAACUGUGGGACGGGUGCUGUCCCUAGAGAGGGCGGAGCCUGCACCUCGUGGCAGGAAGGGCGUCGCCAUGGUAUCUAUGGCACCGGACACCAUCCGUCCCGACCACCGGCAGUUUGAGGAGGAAGAGGAGGAGCUAGAAGACAUCUGGAACCAGACUAAUGGAUACAGGCAGGGCGAUGCCUGUCAGCAGACCAAUCACGGUGAAGCAGAGGCCACGCCCACUACAGAACCCAGGGUAUCCUCCCCCUCCCCCACCCCCCGAAGUCAGGACGUGCUCUACACGACCGUAGAGGCCGCUAACUCCGCGGCCUCCGCCUCCAACCUCCUGGUGGCGGAGUUCAGGCUUCCCGCCGAAGUGCAGGCCCUGCUCGGAUACAGCGCCCCCUGCAGGAGCCCCACGGAGCAGCCCGGCAGACGGAAAGUUCCGGAAACCCAGACGGCAGCCCCGGAUCUGCUGAACCCUCCCGACGUAGAGCGCCCCCAAAAACACCCCGCCCACGACAGAGGCAGAGGCUCGGAGAGAGAGAGGGAGGACGCGGAUGGAGAGUCUGAAGUCUGUACAAAGGUCCAAUCAGUGAGCUGGCUGCCAGUUUGCAUGGGGGCUGGAGAGAAGAGCCAGCAGCCAAUGGGCUCGGGCACAUCUAGCAGUGAUAUACAGCUGCAGGGACAUGUCACUACCACUAGAGGGCACUGCAGCUCUAUGAAUGGGAACCGGUCUGAGGUCCAGUCAAUGGAAGGAACUCUAGAGAGAAAACACCUGCUGGAGAAGGGAAAGAAGGCCCCGCGCUGCGCCUGGGACGCCGGCCACGCCCUCCUGUUCAAACGCUCGCUGCGCUUCUGCGGGGAGAGAGAGGACGGGCUGCAGAGCGGGGAGCCUGUGCUGACUCUGGACCUGACUGGAGCUCAGUGCACGCCGGACCCAGACUGCGGGGAGAGGCCCAACUGCUUCAGCCUGCGGCUCUGUGAUGGCUCAGAGUACCUGCUCAGCUCCUCCUCCAGCUCUCUGAUGAAGGAGUGGGUGCUCAGGAUCCAGGCUAUCGCAGGUUUGAGUGAGGUGGACUCCUCUGGUUACCUCUCCUCUACUCUCGGUCCCACAAGCCACUGCACUGCUGGGGAUGACAUCACUUCCUCUCACUCGGGCCCCUUUCAGUCCUGUGGUGCCAGAGCCAAAGAGCUCGUCAUCCUGACGGGCGACACCUCCCAUGGUUCACAGAGGAAUCAUGGGAUCUUGGAGGACAAUUCACCACCCUUGUCUUCAGAUGCAGGGGGUCACCCCGGGCCCCUUAGCCAAGCCGGGACACAGCCGUCGCCCCUCGGACCCCUGGACCCCCAGCCCGGCAUCUCCUUCUCUAACAGCCAGGAGUGUCCCAGCGUCAAGCAGCGAUCUCACUCCUUUACCUCAGCCACCUAUCAGAAGAUAACCCCUGCCCCACUGCCCCAUGGGAUACGCGAGGGGGGGUCCAGCUACUCAGUGACUCUAUUCAUUGGAGACCAGCAAACGGGGGCCCCGCCCCCCGAACACAGGGUGGAAUCGCCUGCUCUGAUUGGCCAGCAGUGGGAGGCCUUGCAGGACUCGCCCUCCGACAACAGCUGCGGCACCCCCACUAAGUCGCAGAAGAAGUCUGUCUUCAAGAAGUUUUUUGGGAAGGAGAGGUUUUAGAGCGAUGACCUCUGAUCUUGGAGGAGAUCGUUGACUAUUUUUAUCUUCCUGUGUACAGAGCGCAUUUGUCCUCCUGCCUCUUCUGGCUAAGAAUCUGACAGCAAUAACAGCCAUCAUGGGACCAAUAAAUCCUUAUUUUUAGUGUUUUUUUUUUCUUUUUCUCAAUACCGUGGCCGAAUCUCCACAGAAAUGUCACCGCGUCCUCAAACUCCUUUUUCAUCCAAAUCAGUCUGAAAAACUCAAUCACUGUGACCUUCAAGACAUAAAGGUCAGAUUGCUCUAUGGCUGUCCUCUCUCUGCUGUGGAGAUGUUCAGCAUUCCUCCUGGACGCCGUCUGUGGGAAGCCAUUAAAAAGCGAAUGCACGUAAAUAACAGAUUUGAAUCUUUUUUUUUUUUUUGAAGUGUGGCUUUUAAAUGUUGGUCUGCUGUUCAUCAAACAGCUGAUGAGAGAGUUGACCAGAUUAUGAGACCAUGUAUGUAUUUCAGUUCCGCACAGACUGUCUCUGGUUGAGUAGCUGAAGUAGUCAAAUUAUAGGUUGUGAUCUUUAAUACGGUCUAUACUUGCAAUGUCCUUUCAAAAUAUAGGUUCUAGAACUUUCUGUACCAAGCAUUCUCCGAAAUAUUCAGACUUGAAGCAUCUGUUCACUUUUUUUUAUGACAAAGUCGAGCACUGAACACAAAUGUCACUGCAGAAUCUGGGGGGAUUUAAGAAUUAGCUGUAGUUUUACUUGACAUUUUGUUGCCUUAAAACUGACGUCCUUUUCGCUAGAUUGUAGAACACCCUGGAAAUCAAAUGUUAACCUGCACAUAUUAAUGAUAGGGAGUGUGAUGGUAUGGGAUCCAACGGCUUUGAAGUGUGGUUUUAAAUCUGUGUUUUACAGAGUCCUUUUAAUUCUGCCUUCCCAAGAUAUGAGUGGAAAGAUGGUUAUUUUCUGUGGGAGCACAAAAUCCAGUCGUCCUGUCUAUUUGAAUAUAUUUCUGAGGGCCGUUUAUGGUAUUGAUAUUUAUUGGCUGCAGUCCUUCAUGUUAUCAUAAGGGUUAUGGCUGUGGAUGACAAACAGAUCUCUUCAUAUCUAUCCAUUAUUCAGCCUUUCUUUCCGACCUGUCGAUUUUCUCCAUUUUAAUGUUCAGUACCUGGUUCACUGUUGUAAUUCCAGCAGUUUGAAACUGCUUAUCUUUUUUUGUCUUUUUUUUUUUUUUUUAACAUUUUUUGUUAAUCAAUAGCUGACAACAAGCUACUUUUUAAUCCCGUAACAUUAAAAACAACCUAUUGUUUUUAUUUUUUAUUAUUUAAUUAAACUGCUUAAAGUUCUUUCUUAUCUUCAAACCACCCGUUACACAGAACUGUUUUCAGAGUGACGUUUAAUAAAGGGAAGUACUUUUUUAACCACU